AUGCUGGCCUCACUCCGUGCUGGCCUCCGCCGGCCACUGUCGGCACUCGCCACCGCUCCCUCCCGCUCGCCCGCAUCUCCGCCCGCCCGAUACAACAGCGGCAUCCGCCUCGAUUGCUGCCCGCCGCCGAGUAGGGAGACAGCAGAGCGUGUGGCGGGCUUUGAUCCCAAUGGCUCGGUCUGGGUCGAGUUCUCGCCGCUGGCGGCUGCCGUCGGCGCCGCAAACCUCGGCCAGGGCUUCCCGGACAUGCCGCUGCCCGAGUUCAUCAGCGAGGCGCUGGUCGAUGCGGCGCGGGCUGGUGCCAUGGGCCACCAGUACACCCGCUCACGCGGGCAUCCGGGGCUGGUCCGCGCCCUUGUCGACGAGUACUCGGGAAAGCUCGGCGGCGCACUGGACGAUCCAGACUCGCAGGUCCUGGUCACUUCGGGCGCGUCGGCCGCCAUCUACGCCGCCAUCAACGCGUUGGUUGAUCCCGGCGAGGAGGUGGUGCUCAUGGAGCCGUUUUAUGACUCUUACCCAGCGUCUGUGGAGCUGGCUGGUGCCGUCGCACGCUACGUCCCGCUCGAGUACACGCCGGAGCACGUGCCAGCGCCACCGGGCUCUGGCCGCGAGACAGUGCUCUCGGCCUCAGGCUGGAAGCUUGAUCUGGACAAGCUCGAGGCCGCUAUCUCACCGGUCACCCGCAUGCUCGUUCUCACCACGCCACACAACCCGACGGGCAAGGUCUUUUCGCGGGCCGAGCUCGAGGGCAUCGCCGAGCUGGCCUGCAAGCACGACCUCAUCGUCCUCGCCGACGAGGUCUACGACUCGCUAGUGUACUCGGACUCGGAACCGCACGUCUCGAUCGGCUCGCUGCCGGGUAUGUUCCAGCGGACAAUCACGCUCGGCUCGGCAGGCAAGACGUUUUCGGUGACCGGGUGGCGAUUGGGCUGGGCGCUGGGCCCGCCCAAGCUCAUCACCGCCCUCUGGCUCGUCUCGCAGUACAUCACCUUUGCCUCGCCGACGCCGCUGCAGGCCGCUGCAGCCGCCCUCUUUCCGGCCGCCCACGAGCACAACUACUUUACCGACUCGGUCGCCGCGCUGCAGGCCAAACGCGACCUACUGGUUGGCGCGCUCGCCCGCGCAGGGCUCGAUCCCAUUGCCCCCCAGGGUUCGUACUUUGCGCUGGCUGACACCGGCAGCCUGCCCGGCCCGUUCCCGUUCGAGCCUGUGGCGGGCGUGCCGGUAGGCGAGACCAACGCCCGUGACUACCAAGUCUGCCGGUGGCUGACCCAAAGCGCGGGCGUGACUGCCAUUCCGCCGUCGGCCUUCUACUCGCCGGACCACGCCGAGCUGGCAGCCAACUACGCUCGCUUCUGCUUCUGCAAGGCAGAUGACACGCUUGCCGCAGGCAUCGAGGCGCUCAAUCGGCUCGGGUGAGGAGGACCAGUCGGGGGAAUCACCACCCGCCACGGCGCUUGCUCGAGUGCUUGGCCACGUAGCUAAAGACGGCAAAGAGG